AUGAAGUUUGCAAAGAGAAAGCGGACAGCAGCUGGAUCUGGAGCAGGUUUCCGAGUUUCAGCGCCUUUCACGAACCCUUUCACACACGACCUGAGGCUCACUACUGGGCAGAAAGUCAAGAUCGCACUGAUGACUGUGACGGUGUUUCCUAUGCGUCUGCUCUGCACUGCCUUUUUCAUGUUGCUCGCAUGGCCUUUUGCAUUCGUGGCUACUGUGGGACGCACUGAGGACGAGGUGGAGCCUCUUUCCUGGUGGAGGUGGUUGGUGGAUCUCAUCAUCAAGGGCAUCAUGAGGGCAAUGUGGUUUUCCGGAGGCUUCCACUGGGUCCGGGUGAAAGGUAGACCAGCUCUGGCCAGUGAAGCGCCCAUCCUCACACUGGCACCGCACUCGUCUUACUUUGAUGCCAUUCCUGUGACUAUGACCAUGGCAUCGAUAGUGAUGAAAUCCGAGAGCAAAGACAUUCCUGUCUGGGGCACACUGAUUAAAUUCAUCCGUCCGGUGUUUGUGUCGCGCUCGGAUCCUGAUUCUCGCAGGAAGACUGUGGAGGAGAUUAAACACAGAGCGCACUCAGCGGGCCAGUGGCCUCAGAUCAUGAUUUUCCCUGAGGGGACCUGCACCAACAGAUCCUGCCUCAUCACAUUUAAGCCUGGUGCGUUUAUUCCUGGGGUUCCGGUUCAGCCAGUGGUUCUGCGCUAUCCUAACGAGCUGGACACGAUCUCAUGGACAUGGCAGGGACCUGGAGCGUUUCAGAUUCUGUGGCUCACGUUGUGUCAGAUCCACAAUUCUAUCGAGAUCGAGUAUCUUCCUAUUUACACACCGUCAGAGGAAGAGAAAAGGGAUCCGGCUCUGUUUGCCAGCAAUGUGAGAGACAUCAUGGCCAAAGCUCUGCGACUACCGACAGUAGACUACUCAUUUGAAGACUGUCAGCUUUCGAUGGUCAAAGGUCCGCUGUGUUUACCGAGCCACACAUGCCUGCUGGAGUUCUCCAGACUGGUGCGUAACCUUGGUCUGAAGGUGGGAGGCACAGAUCAGGUCCUGCAGGAGGAGGGUAAAAAAGCAUGCGCACUCUGUGGACGCAAACUGAGUGUGAAGGAAUUUGCGGAGUACUUAAACCUUCCGGUGACCGAAACGCUGCAGGAUGUCUUUGCACUCUUUGAGGAGCAUGGUCAGAUGGACGUGAGGGAAUAUGUCAUCGCUCUGUCUGUGAUCUGCAGACCCGCAAAGCAUCUUGACACUCUUCAGCUCGCCUUUAGAAUGUUUGAGGCUGAGGAGGAUGGCGCUGUCGUAGAAGACGAGUUGGCCGUCAUUCUGAACUCAGCUCUUGGAGUGGACGAUCUUGCUGUGGGCGACGUUUUCAGAGCUGUUGAUACAGGAGACAAAGGAAAGAUCAUGUUCGGUGAUUUUUGCCAUUUUAUGGAGAGCUGUCCGAAUUUCAUGGAGUUGUAUCACUGUGUCAGUGAAUCAUCCACACACUCGUGUUCAGGACUCGUACAACCUGCAACCAACAGCUUCUGCCCCGACUUCAGCCCUCAGGACCAAAACACACACAACACAGGACACAGCAAGAAACACGACUGAAGUAUGUAUGAGAUGUCUGCGUGCAUGAAUAUUGGAGUGUAUUGGAGGACAUGAUGGUUUGUUGUGAGAGUUUUUUUUUUUUUUUCCCUGAACAUUUUUGUUAUCACAGUUUUAACAGAUCUUCCAAAA